AAGAUUUUCAAUCCAUACGUGAAACUCGCGACGUGUAGGUUGUGCUUCGCAAAGAGGUGAUUUUUCUCGUGCAUCCCAGUAAGGUGAAAAAUCAAGAUUAUGCUAUAUAUAUCGUCAACAGCGUGUAAUAAAGUGUGAUUAUCGGCAGUUUUAUACUUGUUUCAAAUAAGAUAUACGUUUUGAGUUUCCAUCAGUAUCGGUAAAAAAAAGACCGGAGAAAGAUAGUAACCAUGGUAGCGGAAGCCGUUGUAGAAGAGCAAGAACAGUCUAAGAAAGCCGCCAAGAAGGCUGCGAAAGAUGCGGCCAAAGCAGCCAAGAAAGCCGAGCACAAAGCGGCAACAGCCGCCGAGAAAGGCCAACAGGAGGCAGGCGGUGCUGAAGGGAAGGACUACUCCGAAGGUUUGUACGGGGUUACCAAAAUGAUUCAAAGUACGAACAAACAUUCCGAGCGUGUCUUCACACCGUUGAAUGAGUUGUCCAAGGCCGCGAAAGAUUCCCUGGUAUGGGUCCGUGGUCGAGUGCAUACCAGCCGUAGCAAAGGCAAACAAUGCUUCCUGGUGCUUCGACAACAAAGCAGCACCGUGCAAUGCGUGGUUGCGGUAAAUGAUGACAGCGUAUCAAAGCAGAUGGUAAAAUUCUCCGGAAGCGUUCCGAGGGAAAGCAUAGUCGAUAUCAAGUCGACAGUAGUCCCGGUUGCAAACAAAAUCGAAGCUUGCACCGAACAAAACCUGGAACUGCAUGUGGUGGAAUUUUAUUUGGUAUCGUCGGCGAAGGCUCAACUUCCAUUGCAAAUUGAGGACGCUGCGCGCCCGGAAAAAUCGGAAGAUCCUGAGGCGUUGAAAAUUCGCGUCAAUCAGGACACCAGGCUAGACAACCGAGUUCUGGACCUAAGGACGCCUGCCAAUCAGGCUAUUUUUCGCCUGGAAGCGGGCGUGUGUAAACUGUUUCGUGACAUUCUAGCGGAGCAGGGUUUCACGGAAAUUCACACGCCGAAAAUCAUCUCGGCCGCCAGUGAAGGAGGAGCAAACGUGUUCACGGUCAGCUACUUUAAAGAUUCUGCAUAUUUGGCUCAAUCUCCUCAGCUGUACAAGCAGAUGGCAAUUGCGGCCGAUUUCGAUAAAGUUUUUACUGUCGGUGCUGUAUUCCGCGCAGAGGACUCCAACACCCACAGACACUUGACUGAAUUCGUGGGACUUGAUUUGGAAAUGGCGUUCAAGUAUCACUAUCACGAGGUUUUGGACACGAUUGGGAACACGUUUACCGCGAUGUUCAAGGGCCUUCGUGACAAUUACGCUCGUGAAAUCAAUGCUGUCGGGCAGCAGUUUAAUGUGGAACCAUUUAAGUUCCUGGAACCUCCCUUAAGGUUGGAGUUUGCUCAGGCCGUCAAGAUGUUGCGUGAAGCCGGUGUAACAAUGGACGACGAGGAAGAUUUAUCUACACCGAGUGAAAAGCUGCUCGGUCGAUUGGUGAAAGCCAAGUACGACACCGACUUUUACAUAUUGGACAAAUUUCCGCUAGCCGUUAGACCUUUCUACACGAUGCCCGACCCAAACAAUUCCAAAUACUCGAACUCGUACGAUAUGUUCAUGCGAGGCGAAGAAAUUCUGUCCGGUGCGCAACGUAUCCACGAUCCGGAUUAUCUGGUGGAGAGAGCGAAACUUCACGCAAUUGAUAUUUCCAAAAUUGCAGCCUACAUCGAAGCAUUCCGCUUUGGUUGUCCGCCUCAUGCCGGCGGUGGUAUAGGUCUGGAACGUGUCGUAAUGCUGUACCUUGGACUUGACAAUAUUCGCAAAACUUCAAUGUUCCCCCGUGAUCCUAAGAGACUUACGCCCUAGGCGAUCGAGUUCGAUUUGUCGGCACUCACAUGAAGAUUUUUUUUUUUUUUACACCUGCCGUUCUUCAUUCACACUUCCCAGAGCCAUUAAUAAUCGAACGAAAGGAACUGCUAUUUGAAUAAUUCCUGCGUGAACGCACACGUUAAGUACUAUUGCAAAACUUUCAUAGAAAGAAAAAGGAUUGAAAAUAAUUUUUCGAUCAGCCGAGAAGGAAAUAAAUUGAAUAAAAAAACACUUUCGUUAACUAGUUCAAAAAACAGUGACUUUUUGGGAUAGCAAUUCGCAGGAGAUAGUAUACUUAAUUGGAACCUGAAUCCGGUGUACCGUUGUGAGUCGUGAAAAAUGAUAAGAGUUUUUGCAUAAAAAAAAACGAAAAGAUCGACCAGUGAAUAAUAAAAGUGACGUAAAAAUCUGCA